AUGACUCUUGUUUUGAUCCUACUGACUUCUAUUCUAGGCACGAUUAUACUAGCUUCCAUUAUAUGGUGGGUCAAACCACCAGUGCUCCGACCUCCCAAUCGACGAGUAGAAAUACAAAUCCCUCAAGUAUCACUGGCAAGGGCCAAUAUGACUGGAGGUUGUAAAAGCGUAGAUGAGGUAGCUGCCGAUAUUGAGAAGAUCAAGACCGCAGGUUUUGAUUGUGCUCGUGUUUAUUCGACUGAAUGUAAUGCACUAUCCCAUAUCGGCGAGGCGUGUGAGCAGGAGGAAGUUCAAAUGAUUUUAGGAACUUACACUGAUCAUUCAGGAACCUCUGCUGCCGAGCAGCAAGUUCAGGAUAUCGCAAAAUGGGCCAAGUGGAGCCAAGUCAAACUGAUUGUAGUCGGAAAUGAAGCAGUUCAGAACGGCUAA